GCUUUGGUAAAGGAGCAGAAUACUUUGAUGCUUUCAUAGAAGGUAGGGCUUAUAAAGAGCAAGUAUCUUUCAAUGAUCCAGAUUGCAGUAUUGCUGAUUGUGAGACCUUUUUCGAAAAAAAUAAAAGAUUUUUAAAAUCUCUCGUGAUUGACAACUGCCCACAACUUAGUAAAAUAACUAGUCAUUAUAUCAUUCAAAUUGAGCAAUUAUCAUUGACUAAUUGUCCUCAAUUAAAUUCUCUCUUUCUUAGUAAUGUUGGUCUAGAAGCAAUAACUAUUAAAGAAUGUCCUAAUCUUGAUUUAUUGGAUUUAACGGGUAAUAAACUAACUCACCUCGAUUUAAGUGGAUUACCAGAAUUAAAAUGA